GUCGCCAGCCUGCCGGCCGCGCCCCUGGCCAAGCCCGGCAGCGUGCGGCCCUUCCCCAGCGUGCGCGACAGCCUGCGCCUGCCGGUGGCCGGCAGCCUGGCGGUGGGCUUCGGCGAAAGGCCCAGCGGCGACAUCGACGGACGCGCCCGCGGGAUCUAUAUGGAAACCAGACCGGGGGCGCAGGUGGUCGCGCCCUACGACGGACAGGUGGCCUUCGCGGGGCGGUUUCGGCGCUAUGGGCUGUUGUUGAUCAUCGAACACGACGGGCGAUACCAUAGCCUGCUGUCGGGACUCGAGCGGAUCGACGCCGUCGUGGGUCAGUGGGUUCUGGCGGGCGAGCCCGUCGGGGUGAUGGGCCAGCGGGGCGGCGGCCUGGGCGGCGACACGGACGGCGGCAACACGGACGGCGGCAGCGCGGCGGGCAGGGGGGCGCCACGCCUCUACUACGAGCUGCGGCUGAUGCGCUUUGCGAAAACGGCGGUCGCGGCCGCCAUCUGUGCCGUGGUCCUGCUGCCGGCGGGCGCCCAGGCCCAGGAGAGCGACGAGGAAAUCUUCCGGCAGCUCAAGGUCUUCGCCGACGUCUUCGAGCGCGUGCGCGCCGAAUACGUCGAGGAGGUCGGCGACGAGCAGCUCAUCGAGGCGGCGAUUCAGGGCAUGCUCAGCGAUCUGGACCCGCACUCCAGCUACCUCGACGCCGACAGCUUCAAGGACAUGCAGGUGCAGACCCGCGGCGAGUUCGGCGGGCUGGGCAUCGAGGUCACCAUGGAGAACGGCGUGGUCAAGGUGGUCUCGCCGAUCGACGACACCCCGGCCUUCCGCGCCGGGAUCGAGGCCGGCGACCUGAUCACCCACAUCGACGGCGAGCCGAUCGUCGGCCUCGACCUCUCCGAGGCGGUGGACCUGAUGCGCGGGCCCGUCGGCACCUCGAUCUCGGUCACCGUGCGCCGCGGCGACGAGGAGCCCUUCGACGUCACCAUCGAGCGCGACAUCAUCACCGUGCAGUCGGUGCGCUCGCGCGUCGAGGGCGACAUCGGCUACCUGCGGGUCACCGCCUUCAACGAGCAGACCAUGCCCGGCGUGGAGGAGGCGGUCGCCGGCUUCAAGGAGGAGCUGGGCGACGCCUUCGGCGGCAUCGUGCUCGACCUGCGCAACAACCCCGGCGGCCUGCUCGACCAGGCGGUGUCGGUCUCCGACGCCUUCUUGGAGCGCGGCGAGAUCGUCUCCACCCGCGGCCGCUACGAGGAGGACUCGAGCCGCUACAACGCGCGCGCCGGCGACCUGCUCGAGGGCCUGCCCAUGGUGGUGUUGAUCAACGGCGGCUCCGCCUCCGCCUCGGAGAUCGUGGCCGGCGCGCUGCAGGAUCACCGGCGCGCCAUCGUCAUGGGCACCAAGUCCUUCGGCAAGGGCUCGGUCCAGACGGUCAUGCCCCUGGGCAGCGCCGGCGCCAUGCGGCUGACCACGGCGCGCUACUACACCCCCAGCGGCCGCUCCAUCCAGGCCAAGGGCAUCGACCCGGACAUCAUCGUCGAGCGGGCCCGUCUGGAGGCCAUCGAGGGGCCGGAGCGGCGCAGCGAGGCGGACCUGCGCGGCCGCCUGGAGGCCGAGGAGGCGCCGCUCGAGGGCGAGGCGCCGGACGCCGAGGGCGCGGCCGAGGAGCCCCAGGACGAGGCGCUGGUCGACUACCAGCUCGCCCGCGCCCUCGACCUGCUGCGCGGCCUGACGCUGUUCAGCCAGCGCAGC